AUGGCGCUGCGGGUGUUGGAGUUGUUCAAAAAUGGAGUUUUAAUAAUUGAUGAAAUUGAUGAAGUGCUGCAGCCUUUGAAGAGCGAGCUGCACUGGCCGCUGGGCCCGAGGCAGCCGCUGGACUUCACGGCCAAGCAGGGCUUUGCUGCUGCUGCGGGGCAGCAGCAGCAGCGGCCCGGGGCCCCGCUGCAGCUCGGCCAGCAGCAGUCCGCUGCUGCUGCUGCGGCGGCUGCUGCUGCUGCUGCUGCUGCCGACGGCGUCACCGAACCCCUCAUUUCCCCCAGACAAACUGAACAGCCGCUGCAGUGGCUCUUCGAAGAUGACGAGGGCAUGCGCUGGCAGCUUCCCUGGUUCCUCCUCGACGCAAUUUUCUACUUCUACAGCGGGAAAACAACUGUCUCCUGCACCGGCACUGCGGAGACUUGGCGGCUGCUGGGGCUGAUUCGGCGGCAGCUGCAGCAGGGAGUGCAGCAAAAGGCGCUGCAGCAAAGUCCCCAUUUGCUGCUGCUGUCCCCCGCCUGGUACCACGACAACCUCAAACCGCUGCUGGCUCCCUGGCUGGGCCUUUUCUUUCGCCUCAAGAAGCUCACGGGCCUUUCCCAGGAGCAGCAGCAGCAGUACAUUGUGAGCAUGCAGCAGCAGCUGCAGCGCAGCAGCAGCUGCAGCACAAGAAAGAAGCAGCACAAGAGCUGCCUAGGGGCCCUUAGGAGACAGACACAGCAGAUAGAAGCAUGA